AUGGACACAUUGUGCAGAGUUACUAACAAGAGCCCGUCCCUGCCAGCUCUUGACUGGCAGCUGCCAUCCAGCUCGGGGCCGUACAGCCUGCAGAUCGAGGUGCAGCCCAAGUCCCACCACCGAGCCCACUACGAAACAGAAGGCAGCAGGGGGGCGGUAAAGGCCAUGGCAGGAGGACACCCCGUCAUCCAGCUCCACGGCUACAUGGAGAGCGAGCCUCUGACCCUGCAGCUGUUCAUCGGCACAGCUGACGACAGGCUGCUGAGGCCUCACGCCUUCUACCAGGUCCACCGCAUCACGGGCAAGACGGUGUCCACCCCGAGCCACGAGGCUCUGCACAACAACACCAAGGUGCUGGAGAUCCCGCUGCUGCCGGAGAACAACAUGCGGGCCAUGUGA